AUGUUAAAGAAUAUCAGUGUGUUUUUUGUGAUUCUCUAUCUUAGCCUUAACCUGAACACAAUUCAGGCUGCUAUUGAACCUCUGGACGAAUAUGUUACUCAAAAUAUUCGUCAAUACAAUGCCAAGCUCAAGCAAUACGAAGUGGAAAUGGCAAACUUUAAAACGACUCAUGCCAAACAAUUGAGUCCCAUUAAUGUUCAGGCUGAUCAACUGGAAUUGAAGAUAGAGGAAGCAAAUUCUCUACUUAUUCCGAUUGAGUUGAUUGAUCAGUGGCAUCGUCAAUGUGUAUUGAACUAUAGUUCCAGUAUUCCAGCCAUAGCAACUUUACGUUCCAGCCUAAGUGCUUGUGCCUCAAAUACUGCCGAUUCUCUAAUGUCAUCUCCGAAGUCUACUUUCAACACAUUGAAAUCCUACUACGACAAGUUGCCAAAUUCAGUGGCCAAUUGUGAGAAGACACAUUCGAACUCUCAAACGAAUUAUACAACCUGUGUGACAAAAUUGAUAACCGAUGCCAAUACAUAUACUGUGAAUAAUCAAAAGACAUUUACAAGCUAUAUGGAAUCAUCUCAGUGUACAGCCGACAGUCGCAUUGUCGCUGCCUGGCAGUGCUCUUUCAAUAUUGUCUUUAAUACGGCUUCCAUUUUGUCCACUGCAUUGCGGAAAAUUGAAGAUUGUGUGGAUAAUAGAGUCUGGUGUGGUUCAUUGGCCGCUUGUAAAUCUCCUAAUUGCAAUACAGUCUAUUUUAAUAAUGCUGUUAGGCAGAAUGAGACAAUACGGAAUCCAUUAUAUAAUCCCAAUAGUACAGUCAGUUGUAUGGAAAUACACUUUCUCAAGUGAGUACCUUAUAGGUACAUGGCAUUCAAAUGCUGUUAAGCAAAUAAAAUCAGAUUAAAACCAGCAAAUCAAAGAUUUUUUUUCGUGUGUAUUUGAUUAAAAACUCAAAGUUCAGACUACGCUAAAACUAUUUGGGAAUUACAAUUGGAUAAAGCGUAAAAUGUAAUGCACAGUUUUCAACUUCAAUGUUUAACUCAAAGCAUCAGAAUAUUGUGCUUAAUUAACUACCAUCACACUAUAAUAAUAAUAUAUAAAAUAUAAAUUGUAAAUACUUAAUUGUCAUUCAUUUUGUAAGCUUUUUGCAAGUGUACAGUUAGAAUUAAAAAACAUAAUGCUAUGUAAAAAGUAA